CUGGGCUUACCCAAAGAGGCGUGUGCAGUGCGGCACAGUAGGGAAACUUUAUCUAAGGCAGCGUCAUUGGGAGUUAUAAUGAUCUGUCACGGAGUAGUAAGAUAUAGUAGUUUAGUUAAAUACAUGGGCAAAAUGUUGACGAGCAUAAGCCAAGAACCAGUUUUCUUCCUAGUUUCAUCAUAAUCCCUUUGUAUUACUAACUGCAUGGCUGGAAGGCUUUAUGUGCCCAAUAAAGUUUCCACGAGGAUUCUGUUGUUUCCUUUCUUUUUCUCUCUGUACGUUAAUUGUCCGCCAUUCAGAUUCUGGGGAUUUCCUUGUCUCUCCCUCCCUGUCUCUAUCUCACAACCUCGGUGGCUGCCUGGCUGAUGUGAUGAGGGACAGUUCUGGUUCAACCCCAUCUGCAAAGAUUGGAACAUUGGGUUAUGAAUAGGACAUACUGAAAGCCUCAGUGCUCGUAGAUUUGGUAUUGAAGGUUGGUUUUUAGAGUGAUCAUAUGCCUGGAAACACGUACAACGAUAAUUCAAACCAUUCGGAAAAUCGUGUAGCGCGGCUCGUGAGAAUACGAGAGCUAAGGAAAAGCAAAAGGGCCUCUCAUUCAAAUGAGGCAGCUGAUAAUGAUAAUAGGGGGAGUGAAUCACUUGAGCAUGACCUGCGUUUAAGAGAAGGCGAGAACGGGGGAGUUUCCUAUGAGAAUGGGGAAGUUUCCAGUGCUGAACAAUUCUCUGAUAGAGCUGGAGCUGCGAGGUUGCUUUCUGAGGGAUGUGAAAGGCAAGAUGAGAAGCCUUUCAGACAACGACUGUUGGUGGUGGCUAACAGGCUGCCAGUCUCUGCAGUUAGGAGAGGUGAAGACUCAUGGUCGUUGGAGAUAAGUGCUGGGGGUCUAGUCAGUGCUCUUCUAGGCGUGAAGGAGUUUGAGGCACGAUGGAUUGGUUGGGCUGGUGUAAAUGUGCCUGACGAGGUUGGACAGAAGGCACUUACAAAAGCCUUGGCUGAAAAGAGGUGUAUCCCUGUAUUCCUUGAUGAAGAGAUUGUCCAUCAAUAUUAUAAUGGCUAUUGCAACAACAUUUUGUGGCCCCUUUUUCACUACCUUGGCCUUCCACAAGAAGAUCGCCUUGCCACCACCCGAAGCUUCCAGUCUCAAUUUGCUGCAUAUAAGAAGGCAAAUCAAAUGUUUGCUGAUGUGGUAAACAAGCACUAUGAAGAGGGUGAUGUUGUUUGGUGCCACGAUUACCAUCUUAUGUUUCUCCCAAAAUGCUUAAAGGAAUAUAACAGCGAAAUGAAAGUUGGCUGGUUUCUCCACACCCCAUUUCCCUCUUCUGAGAUUCAUAGGACAUUGCCAUCUCGGUCAGAACUGCUGCAUUCAGUUCUUGCUGCUGAUUUGGUUGGUUUUCACACCUAUGAUUAUGCGCGGCAUUUUGUUAGUGCUUGUACUCGUAUUCUUGGACUUGAGGGUACACCUGAAGGUGUUGAGGAUCAGGGGAAGCUGACUCGAGUAGCUGCUUUUCCAAUUGGGAUAGACUCAGAUAGAUUUAUACGUGCACUUGAGACCCCUCCAGUUCAGGGACACAUGAGAGAUUUAACAGAAAGAUUUAAAGGCCGAAAGAUAAUGUUAGGUGUUGAUCGUCUAGAUAUGAUCAAAGGGAUUCCUCAAAAGAUAUUAGCAUUUGAAAAAUUCCUUGAAGAGAACCCAACUUGGCGUGAUAAAGUAGUCUUGCUGCAAAUUGCCGUGCCAACAAGAACAGAUGUUCCAGAGUAUCAAAAACUUACAAGCCAGGUUCAUGAAAUAGUUGGGCGCAUUAAUGGCAGAUUUGGAACGUUGUCUGCAGUUCCCAUACAUCACCUGGAUCGUUCGCUCGACUUUCAGGCAUUAUGUGCUCUUUAUGCUAUAACCGAUGUAGCCCUUGUCACAUCUUUGAGGGAUGGUAUGAAUCUUGUCAGUUAUGAGUUUGUGGCAUGCCAAGAUGCAAAGAAAGGGGUUCUCAUUCUUAGUGAAUUUGCUGGUGCUGCGCAGUCUUUGGGUGCUGGUGCAAUCCUAGUGAACCCCUGGAACAUUACUGAAGUUGCUACAUCUAUCGCCCAAGCUUUGAAUAUGCCACCUGAUGAAAGAGAGAAGCGACAUAAACAUAACUUUGCGCACGUAACAAGCCACACGGCUCAAGAAUGGGCUGAAACUUUUGUGAGUGAACUGAAUGAUACUGUUGUGGAGGCAAAAAUAAGGACAAGACAAGUUCCACCCCUGCUUCCAAUCAAUAAAGCAAUCAAUUGUUACUUGCAAUCUAAUAAUCGAUUGCUUAUAUUGGGAUUCAAUGCAACAUUGACUGAACCAGUGGACACUCCUGGGAGUAGAGGUGAUCAAAUUAAAGAAAUGGAACUUAAAGUACACCCAGGGCUAAAAGAACCAUUGAAGGCACUUUGCAGUGAUCCAAAGACAACAAUUGUUGUACUCAGUGGGAGUGACAGAAAUGUCUUAGAUGAUAACUUUGGGGAGUAUGACAUGUGGUUGGCAGCAGAGAAUGGGAUGUUUUUGCGCCUCACGAAGGGGGACUGGAUGACAACAAUGCCAGAGCAUUUGAAUAUGGAAUGGGUUGAGAGCGUGAAGCAUGUUUUUGAGUACUUCACAGAAAGAACACCCCGGUCACAUUUUGAGCUUCGUGAAACUUCACUUGUAUGGAAUUAUAAAUAUGCAGAUGUUGAGUUUGGAAGACUUCAAGCUAGGGAUAUGUUGCAACAUCUCUGGACAGGCCCAAUUUCUAAUGCAUCUGUUGAUGUCGUUCAAGGUGGCCGAUCUGUUGAGGUGCGAGCAAUUGGUGUGACAAAGGGUGCAGCUGUUGAUCGCAUACUGGGAGAGAUAGUUCACAGUAAAUCCAUGACAACACCAAUAGAUUAUGUCCUGUGUAUUGGACAUUUUCUGGCAAAGGAUGAAGAUGUGUACACCUUUUUCGAGCCAGAGCUUCCUUCCGAUGGCGCUAGUAUUGCAAGAACCAAGGGAACUGAUGGACUCAAGGUACCUGUUGAGAGAAGAUCUUUGAAGCUUCCACCAAGCCGAAGCGGGUCAAAAUCAUCUCAGGCUAGGACAGCACGACCUUCGCCAAAUCCUGACAAGAAACCUACCAAUCAUACGUGUGGGAGUAGUCGGCGGCCGUCGCGGCCGUCACCUGAAAAGACUUCAUGGAAUGUGCUUGAUCUGAAGGGCGAGAAUUAUUUUUCUUGUUCUGUUGGACGAACCCGUACAAAUGCUCGGUAUAUACUUCAAUCAUCGGACGAUGUUGUCUCCUUUCUGAAAGAACUGGCAGUUGCAACUUCAGGUUCAUCAUCAAGUUGAGCAGCUUUCGCAUCUUUCAAAAGUUCAAUACCCAAAGCUUUGGAUUUUAAAAUGGCUCAUUAAGGUGAUAAGAAUAGUUUCUAUUUCAUUGUGAUAUUCUUUCCUCCAGUACAUCUGAAUCCUCUUUCCCAAAAUUAGAUUGGCUGUUUCUAGAAUUCUUCUUGUCACUACCUUCGUGGAACUGGUAGAUUUAACAGACUGAAAGCAUCGAAACCACACUAAUGGUAACCAAGAAAAGAUAACAGAAGAAAUUAUGAAAUUUUCUCUCUUUCAGAAAGAAAAUAGAAGUGUUUAUUUUAUAAA